GCCAUGGCCCAGCUGUACUACAAGAAGGUCAAUUACUCACCUUACAGAGACCGCAUUCCCCUGCAAAUCGUGAGGGCUGAGACGGAGCUCUCUGCUGAGGAGAAGGCCUUCCUUAGUGCUGUGGAGAAGGGGGACUAUGGCACCGUGAAGCAGGCGCUGCAGGAGGCUGAGAUCUACUACAAUGUCAACAUCAACUGCGUGGAUCCUUUGGGCAGGAACGCCCUGCUCAUUGCCAUCGAGAACGAGAACUUGGAGAUCAUGGAGCUACUGCUGAACCAUAGCGUGUAUGUGGGCGAUGCAUUACUCUAUGCCAUCCGCAAGGAAGUGGUGGGCGCUGUGGAGCUUCUGCUUAGCUACAGGAAGCCCGGUAGAGAGAAGCAGAUACCCACUCUGCUUAUGGACACCCAAUUCUCUGAGUUCACACCAGACAUCACUCCCAUCAUGUUGGCCGCCCACACCAACAACUAUGAAAUCAUCAAAUUGCUCGUCCAAAAGCGGGUCACUAUUCCACGGCCCCACCAAAUCCGCUGCAACUGUGUGGAGUGUGUGUCCAGCUCAGAGGUAGACAGCCUGCGCCAUUCAAGGUCCCGACUGAACAUCUACAAGGCUUUGGCAAGCCCCUCACUGAUUGCCUUAUCAAGCGAGGACCCCAUCCUCACUGCCUUCCGGCUGGGCUGGGAACUCAAGGAGCUAAGCAAGGUGGAAAAUGAGUUCAAGGCUGAGUAUGAGGAGCUCUCUCAGCAAUGUAAGCUCUUUGCCAAGGACCUGCUAGACCAAGCGCGCAGCUCGCGAGAACUAGAGAUCAUCCUCAACCAUCGAGAUGACCACAGUGAAGACCUUGACCCACAGAAGUACCAUGACCUAGCCAAGCUGAAGGUGGCAAUCAAAUAUCACCAGAAAGAGUUUGUUGCUCAGCCAAACUGCCAACAAUUGCUUGCCACUUUGUGGUAUGAUGGCUUCCCUGGAUGGCGGAGAAAGCACUGGGUAGUCAAGCUUGUGACCUGUGUGACCAUUGGCUUCCUGUUUCCUAUGCUGUCUAUUGCCUAUCUGAUCUCACCCAGGAGCAACCUUGGGCUCUUCAUCAAGAAGCCCUUUAUCAAGUUCAUCUGCCACACAGCUUCCUAUCUGACCUUCCUCUUCAUGCUCCUCCUGGCCUCUCAGCAUAUCGUCAGGACAGACCUCCAUGUACAAGGGCCUCCCCCAACUAUUGUGGAAUGGAUGAUUCUGCCUUGGGUUCUAGGUUUCAUUUGGGGGGAGAUAAAGGAAAUGUGGGAUGGUGGAUUCACGGAAUACAUCCAUGAUUGGUGGAACUUAAUGGAUUUUGCAAUGAACUCCCUCUACCUGGCAACUAUUUCCUUGAAGAUUGUGGCCUAUGUCAAGUAUAAUGGUUCUCGUCCAAGGGAGGAAUGGGAAAUGUGGCACCCAACUCUGAUUGCAGAGGCGCUCUUCGCAAUAUCCAACAUUUUAAGUUCCUUGCGUCUCAUAUCCUUGUUCACAGCCAAUUCCCACUUAGGGCCUCUGCAGAUCUCUUUGGGACGCAUGCUGCUCGAUAUACUCAAAUUCCUCUUUAUCUACUGCCUAGUACUGCUGGCUUUUGCCAAUGGACUGAACCAGCUUUAUUUUUACUAUGAGACCAAAGCUAUCGAUGAACCUAACAACUGCAAGGGGAUACGGUGUGAGAGACAGAACAACGCCUUCUCCACGCUCUUUGAAACCCUCCAGUCACUCUUCUGGUCUGUAUUUGGCCUUUUAAAUCUCUACGUCACCAAUGUGAAGGCCAGGCAUGAGUUCACCGAGUUUGUGGGAGCUACUAUGUUUGGAACAUACAACGUGAUCUCUCUGGUAGUGCUGCUGAACAUGCUCAUUGCCAUGAUGAAUAACUCCUACCAGCUUAUUGCCGAUCAUGCUGACAUUGAGUGGAAAUUUGCAAGAACAAAGCUCUGGAUGAGUUAUUUUGAUGAAGGUGGUACCUUGCCACCUCCUUUCAACAUUAUCCCCAGCCCCAAAUCAUUUAUGUAUCUUGGCAACUGGUUCAAUAAAACCUUCUGUCCAAAAAGAGACGCUGAUGGAAGACGAAGGAGACACAACUUGAGAAGCUUCACAGAACGCCAUGCUGAUAGCCUGAUCCAAAAUCAACAUUAUCAGGAAGUUAUCAGAAAUUUAGUCAAGAGAUAUGUGGCUGCAAUGAUAAGAAACUCCAAAACAAAUGAGGGAUUAACAGAAGAAAACUUUAAGGAAUUAAAACAGGACAUCUCAAGCUUUCGAUAUGAAGUACUUGACCUCUUGGGAAACAGAAAACAACCAAGAAGAAGCUUUUCCACUAGCAGUGCUGAAUUCUCUCAAAGGGAUGAUACCAAUGAUGGCAGUGGUGGGGCACGGGCCAAAUCUAAGAGUGUCUCUUUCAAUUUAGGCUGCAAGAAAAAGGCCUGCCAUGGGGCACCUCUCAUCAGAACCAUGCCAAGAGCCAGUGGUACUCACGAGAAGUCAAAAGCAGAGUCAUCAAGCAAACGGUCCUUCAUGGGCCCCUCUUUCAAGAAACUGGGUCUCCUAUUCUCCAAGUUUAAUGGUCAGAGCUCUGAGCCUACUACGUCAGAGCCAAUGUACACAAUCUCCGAUGCCAUUGCCCAGCAGCAUUAUAUGUGGGAGGACAUCAGAUAUUCUCAGAUGGAGAAAGGGAAGGCAGAGGCCUGUUCUAAAAGCGAUUUGAACCUCAGUGAGGUAGAGUUAGGUGAAAUCCGGGGUGCUGCUCGGAGCAGUGAAUGCCCCCUAGCCUGUUCCAGCUCUUUUCACUGUGUAUCCAGCAUCUGCUCCUCAAAUUCUAAACUUUUAGACUCAUCAGAGGAUGUGUUUGAAACUUGGGGAGAGGCUUGUGACUUGAUCAUGCACAAAUGGGGUGAUAAACAGGAAGAACAAGUUACAACUCGGCUCUAAGUCAAGCCCCGCCCCCAUCAUCUGUUCUGGAAUUCAAGAGAACAUUUGUAAUUCCUCAUUCUCAGAGGUGACCGCAAAUAUG